AAAUUAAACCCGAGGAUCGUUUUUUCUCGCACUCACCUGUUGGUUACUGUUUGAGUGUGCCGUCAUUACUCAAAAUAGAGUAUAACUGAACAAAUAUACCUAACGAAAGUGGGCGUUGGCCGUAUCACCCAGACGUUCCUGACGUUCCAUGGGUCAUGAUCAGCUGACACCUGUUAGACGGUAAACAGAACCAGAAAACGAAAGUGGAUCGCUGAGUCGAGUGUAGAUGUAAACAAUCACAGGACAUCGGUGAUACAGCGAGACGCGGGAAAUUAAUUGGACUAGUAGUCACAACAUUUGGGAGAUUGAAUAAGGAGGAUGUCUGGAGGUUAUGUCCAAGUUUCCUUACACAGCCAUUGUAAGGCGUGUGUGCGAGCUGACUGUAAGGUACUACCGGACGACGUUAACUGCUGUCAGAUUAUCAACUGUAAAUACGGAUGUCCAUUAAAAUUUCACUGUUGCAAAGCAAUUCAACAUAACCAGUUUUGCAGAAACGUGAAAGUUCCAUGUUUGAAUCGAGCUUAUGGCUGCUUCCAGGAGUUCCCGCGUGGGAAACUACCACACCAUCUUCCCCAUUGUAAUGCCAGUGUCAUGUCUAUCAAUGGUCAAGAUAUCAAAAGAAGUGACUACUUCUGGUAUGCUAAGAAUGUCCUAGAAGAUUUCGGUGGGGUGGAUUUGAAAAACAAAGAAGAUUCAUGUCCCUUUUCAUUUGCAGGUUGUGAUUUUACUUAUAAAUGUUUCAAACCUGAGGGAAACAAAAAAAUUGUCUACAGUGAAUGGCUGAAAACUAUCGGUUUAGAAAUCAUGGAUGAUAGAGGUCAGACAUUAGAAACAAAAGCUCAGAUUUUGGAUACAAAAGGUCAAACUGGUAUUCUGAGUGACAGACUGGAGAGUUUGAAAGUUGCUGAGAUUUUCAAUAGGAAGAGUGCAAAGACUUUCUCCAACCAGUCAAGUUUGGAGCUCCAUCGUUCUAUUUCACAGGAAGAACAGAGAACAUAUACAAGUCUCCUCCUCCUGCCGUUGGAGCUGUUACAGAAAGUGGCCAGUUAUCUAGACGGAUUCAGUCUGUGUAAUCUCUCCGUCACUUGUCACUACCUUCGUGACAUCUGCAGCCUCAUUCUCAUCGACAAGGGUGUUGUGUCACCUGUCUGGACAAAGGUAGACUCUGAUGGGGGCUUGGAUACAAGUCAGAGUACUGAUCAUCGUAAACUUGACACAAAGUGGACAAUGGCUGAUGGCAGUGUGAAGGAUAAGAAAUGGGUCAUAAAGCACAUGAGCUGGAGGUUCUGUAAGACCUUUGAUCCUGUGAGGCGAUGGGAAAACCUGGGUGCCCAGCCUCUGUUGAUACAUCUCCAAACCUGCCCCUUUAAGACUGAGACCUACCUCAAUGUGAACAAGGAACCCUUCACCUACGGGUUCAGCAACAAAGGUGUUAAAACUGAGAUGGAGGAAGAGACAUCUUAGUACUGAACCCACACCUCUCUGGAAUAUAAUUUAUUUAUCAUAAUUUUAUUUGAAAUAUCAACUAUGUGAAUAACAUAAAAUAUUGUGAUAUUUGACAGGUUUAUCAAGCUCCUUUUUGAUGCUUGUCAAAAUUUGAGAGGAUCUUUUUGGUUCCCUAUUUAAUGUCAUUUUAGGGAAUCCUUGUAAAACGGAAAUACAUAAUAAACAAAUUUCUGUUAAACAUAUCUAAAGUGAUUAUCUAAUUAUUUGAACUGAACAUUUUAUUUUU